UGAUUCAUUUAUUGAGGGACUUCUUUCCUUUUCAGAUUUGGCAGUCCAUAAUAAUGACCAUUAAAUUCUUGAAGUCAGACCCAGUUGGAAACUCAGCUUGUUCUUUCCAGAAUUUGAAUGGUUAAACUCAAAUAAUAUUUUAUGGAAAAAAAAAAUCCCAUUUUCAUUUCUUUAGACUAUUUCAGUCAUUUUCCUCUGCCCUUUGUCCGCAUGUGGUUUCUUGUUUUUUCUCUAUCUCAGUUGCUGCUGUGGUGAAUCUUUGAGAAGAAGCCUAAGCAUAUCUUCCUCCCCACUUCCUUUCUUCAGCUCUCCAUUUUACUUGGAAAGUGUUGCUUUGCGCGUGAAAACUGUGCAUUAUUAAUUUAUAUGUUUGUAGAGAGAGAAAAAGAGAGAGAGAAAGAAAGAGAGGAGAGGAAGAAGACAUUGCUUCCCGCGUUUUCCAUCUCCCAGGACUCGUUUUUCUCAUGCGUGCAAGCUAUUCUCAAAUCUCAACCCACCACAAUUUCUUCCCUCUUAACGUUUGGUGAAGAAUUGACUAAAGCUGAAUUUGAAUUGGGUAUUGUUCGGUUUUGUGUUGAGAUCAUAAUGGGAGGGCAUAUGAGCAAGAAGUCUGCUGAGACUUCCUCAGCAAUCACCAUCAAUCCCAACUUGCAUUAUUCAACUGAGCUAAGUUCAUACGAGGCCGCGUGCCGGGUUGAUACGGAUCUUCAGUCCUUCGACACCACGCUGCAAGCCCGCACCAGUCAUGUUAUCAACACCCUGGCCGUGGGAGUCGAAGUCCGAGCUCUUUCUUUCAAUUCGCUGAAGGAAGUCACGGAAUGUCUCCUCGAAAUGAACCAGGAAGUCGUGAAAGUGAUCCUGGAAUGCAAAAAGGAUAUAUGGAAAAACCAAGAAUUGUUCGAGCUUGUUGAAGAGUACUUCGAGAACAGCCUGCAGACCUUGGAUUUCUGCACUGCCUUGGAGAAAUGCCUGAAGCGAGCUCGCGACAGCCAGCUGCUGAUUGUGGUGGCGCUCCAGCAGUUUGAGGAGGAGGAUGAGGUUGAAGGGAGUAGGUACUUGAGGACUUUAGAGGAGUUGAAGAAAUUUAAGGCAGCUGGUGAUCCUUUCACGGAGGAAUUCUUCCAAAUCUUUCAGUCCGUUUACAGGCAGCAAAUGCUUAUGCUUGAGAAGCUCCAACUCCGGAAAAGCAAGCUUGACAAGAAGCUCAAGUACAUUCAUGCUUGGAGGAAGGUCUCCAGCAUGAUAUUUGCUGCUACUUUUGCGGCCGUCUUGAUAUGUUCGGUGGUGGCAGCAGCCAUGGCUGCGCCUCCCGUUGCAGCAGCUCUUGCCGCUGCAGCUUCUCUCCCACUGGGCACAAUGGGAAAGUGGAUUGAUUCUCUAUUGAAGAACUAUGAGAACGCCCUGAAAGGGCAGAAGGAGGUGAUAAGCUCAAUGCAGGUAGGCACCUAUGUUGCUAUUAAGGACUUGGACACCAUUCGGGUUCUCAUCGAUCGGCUGGAAAUCGAGAUUGAGUCGCUCUUGCAGACCACGGACUACGUGAUUAAGGAGGAGGCUGUGAAGUUUGGGAUUGAGGAGAUAAAGAAGAAGCUGGGGGUGUUCAUGAAGAAUGUUGAUGAUUUGGGGGUGCAAGCGGAUAUGUGCAGCCGCGAUAUUAGGAGGGCAAGGACUGUUGUUCUUCAGAGGAUCAUAAAACAGCCCAACAAGUGAUUGAUGAUCCUCGGCGACUUUCCACUGAUGAAACUGUUGUAAUGUUUGAGGAUUGAUCUGAUGCUAAUGUUUUACAUGAUGUUCCUUAUUUUUUUCAAUUGUAUCCUGGAUUUCUAUUUAUAUCAAGAAUAAUGUAAAGACAGCAUGCUGAAUUUUAAGCC